AUAAAUAGUUUUAUAUUAUAAAUUUUGUUCCAGAAAAAAAAAAACAGCAAAGCAGAACAAAAAUGGCUUGUGUUACUUAAUAUGUGAAUAAAUGAUGGCAACAUGGAAACAGUUCAUCUUUCUCACAUUUUUGUCCUCUUUAUAAAAGAGAUUUUAAUGAUAGUAAAACUGAAGUCUGUAAUCAGUUAUAUCAGACAUAUAGAUUUUAGAUUAUGAAUCUCUAUAGUGUAGGGCUGGGGGCAAUGCAUCAAAAAUAGUUGUCAUAUCCGCUUAAGGUCAUUUCAGGAAGUGAGAGCCAAAGAAACGCAUCAUGUAGCCUUUGUCUGAGUGUAGAAGUAACAGCUGUAAAAUGAAAUUUCAGUGGUUCAUGUUCAGAGCUCUGUGGAUUCUCCUCAUUUUACCAACUUUCAGUGGAGAAAGCCUGUGCAAAAGUGAACUUUUACUAAGCAGUAACAUUUCUACUGAGCUCCAGUCUGAUGUCCUGCUGCCGUGUAACUUUAAUCCAACUCUCCUCGGAUCAGAUAAGACUGCAGAUAUAGCAGUAGUGUGGAGUCCAAGGAACACAACAAUACACCAUCUAGUGGAGAUCACUCUACAGGGAAAUGUGAUGUUUUGGGAUUCUAAAGGUGGACGUAUCAAGACGUUCGCUAAGCUCUCUGAAUCAGGAAACUUCUCCAUCCUCCUUCAGAAAGUGCAGCCGUAUGAUCUGGGUCUCUACCACUGUGAGCUGUUUAACGGGACCGGCUGCAGAAUUGCGUAUCAGGAGCUUCACCUGCUUGUCAGCAUCCAACAAAGCCAUCAGUUAAUGUGGAGCACAGUUGGAGCAUUCUCAGGAGGAAUUGUGCUGCUUGCUGUAUUCACAACCUGUUUGUUACAUGCAAAACGCAGACAGAAUAUCACUGUUAUCGAAUCUGACUAUGAAAACGUUGUGGGUGCAACAGCACACUCAGACAGAGGAAGUGAAUCAAUAGAGAAUCCAGUAUAUGACACUUCCUGUCAGCCAGAAUCCAGUAACAAUGCAAGAGAAAAGGAAGGGCUUUCAUCUGAUACUCCAGUGUAUGCCACUGUGAAGAAAGGAAAAAUAGUUAAUAGAACCUAAAGGAAGCCAUAAACACAGUGUGACAUUUUAUAGGAAAAGAGUUUAUGAUGACAUAUGUACUAAAACUGAAUAUAUAGUUUGAUCAUUUACCCCAUGUCAUUCUUAUUAUGCAAUCAGUAGCCAAGUUUCUGUCCACUUUUACGCUUUUCUGUUAUCGGCAAACUGAAAGUAUGUAAAAAAAAAAUUUUUGUGUGAAAUUUGCUGUCUUC